AUGCAUCCAUAUCCUCUACUCCCAUGUCUCUUCUCUCCCAACCAGUCUCCAUCACACUCCUCCCUCCUACCGUCUCUCAUCACCUCCCUCUCCCUCCUCCUCCCGACCUCCAAACCCCUAUCCAGCACCGCCCCUGUCUCUUCCCGCAGACCAGCACGUCCACACUCCACACGCCAGUUAGUCCUUCACAAACAGAGCCACGGUACGGAGCUAUACUGUUACAGACUCCUGUGUUCUCUGGUUCUCCUCAUUCCCAGUUUUAGCAGGAAGAUCAGCACAGAGAGCAGCAGCAGCAGCAGCAAUAUCAGCAGCAGCAGCAGCAGCAGAGGCAGCAUGAGUGUGCGAGGCCCAUGGGGAGCCAGCUGCAUUGCCCUGGUGGGGAUGGUGGUGGUGGUGGUGGCAAUAUCACUCCCCAGGGUGGCAGCACACACCUACAUGCGCCGCGGUGAGCCAAGCGCACCACAGACUUACUUGAGGAAUUUCACCAUGCCUGGAAUCACGCCAAGGGUGGACGAGGCUUACCUAUGCACGGCAGUGAGGCUCAAUGACUCAGUGGAAGAGUGGGUGGUAAGAUUUGACCCGCUUGCCUCAGCCAACCGGGCCCACCACAUGCUGCUCUUCGGCUGCUCUGAUGUGCUGCAGCAGAACCUGGAGGGAAAGUUCUGGGACUGUGGCCACCAUGGAGUGUGUCAAAACAGCCGCAUCAUGUAUGCAUGGGCCAAGAACGCACCCACCACUAGCCUGCCAGAGGGUGUCGGCUUCAGGAUUGGUGGCCAGACAGGCAUUCACUUCCUCACACUGCAGAUCCACUAUGCCAAGGCCCUGCCUGAGGGAGUCAAGGACCACUCAGGCCUUCAGAUGGAACUCACCACACAGAAACAAAAGUAUAAGGCUGGCAUAUACCUUUUGGCAGCUGGUAAUACAAUCAUCCCUCCUAAUACCCCAAAAACCCAUGCUGAUAUGAACUGUCUCUUGGCGGAUAGUGGUGAGCCGAGAGACAUCACCUUGUUUGCCUACCGAGUCCAUGCACACGUCCUUGGCACUGUCAUCACUGGCUACCUGUUUGACACCACAAAAAAUGAGUACAUAGAGAUUGCAAAGGGCAACCCACACUGGCCUCAGGCAUUCUACCCUAUGAACAAGACACACUUGGCAAAGACCUCGGACAUCCUCCACGCUCGUUGCACCUGGAAUUCCACCGGGCGCUCCAGACACACUAUGAUAGGAAGUACUGCUGCUGACGAGAUGUGCAACCUCUACCUGAUGUACUACACUGAUCCAAGGCUGGGCUCAGAGUUCUCAGCAUGUGGCAUGGAGACUUACCCAAUGAUCACCAAGAAUCUUCCCCCUGACAGUGAUGUGCCUCUGCCUCCCAACCCUUUGCUGGAGGAACAUGCCAAGGGGAAGAAUUUGCAUAAGGAGCAGGCUUUUGAAUACUCCAUUAACAAGGAUGAGCCAAUCAAAGUAGAGAAGAAAGGACAUACUCACCAAUAUCUUCAGGGUUAUGAGAGUCCCUAUUACGAUUACAUGGAUGACUACCGCAAACGUAACAGACAGCCACCUCUUGCUCUGGAGGCCGAGCGGAUUAGUGAUGGAGGUUACAGAGACAACCGGUACCAAGCCAAGCCUGGAGGUUAUGAGUAUGAGGAUGCCACCAACUACCCUCAGCCCCAGCAGGUCCUUCAAAGGUGGAAGACACCAGCAGAUACACCCAGACCAGCACUCAUGGAGAAUUCACGCAAGGCCAAGCAGCUGAAGAUACUGGCAUUCAAGACAGCAUCAGACUGGGGCCAGGAGGAGGUUCAGUAUGGGCAGGUGGUGGCUGUGGCUCUGGACUCUGCUGGUGAUGUGGUGGUGUUCCACAGGGGGGAGAGAUCCUGGGAUGGCUCUACCUUCAAGGGCAACAUCCUGAGGGACACAAGCAAGCCCAUCAAGAGUCCUACAUUGCUGCACCUCAGGAAGGAUACUGGACACAUCAUUGACAAGUGGGGGGAAAAUUUCUUCUUUGUCCCACACGGCCUCACGCUGGACAAGAACAAUAACAUCUGGGUUACUGAUGUUGGCAUGCAUCAAGUCUUCAAGUUCCCUGCUGGCUACGGCAAUGGCCAGCCUCUACUCUCUCUUGGCACAAGGUUUGAGCCGGGAGACGAUGACACACAUUUCUGCAAGCCAACAGGCGUGGCAGUGAUGACCAACGGUGAAUUCUUUGUUUCUGACGGUUACUGCAAUGCUCGAGUCAUUAAGUACUCAGCCAAUGGGAAAAUACUGCACCAGUUUGGAAAGCAAACCAAAUAUAACUUUUUUGAUGUGAGUAGUUUGCCUGCCCCCGGGACUUUCAACAUCCCUCAUGCCCUCACACUGGCUGACAACGAGGGGGAGGUGUGUGUGGCUGACCGGGAAAAUGGCAGGGUGCAGUGCUUCACCACCACGCUGGGGAAGUUUGCCAGACAAUUCAAGUUUGAUGCCUGGGGGAAGCGCCUCUUCUCUGUCGCCUACAGUCCUGCUAAUGGUGGGAAGAUCUUUGCCGUCAAUGGGCCAUCUUUACUCGGCACACAGAAACUGAAGGUGUAUGAAGUGGACUACACAUCAGGUGAACUUAUGGGAGCCUUCAGUCCAAAGAAUGAGGGCCUGAGCAACCCUCACGAUGUGGUGGUCUCCCCUGAUGGCCGAGAAGUGUAUGUGGCUGAGAUUGGCCCAAACAAUGUGUGGAGGUUUGUGAAUGACUCUGGGAUCAAGAGGGAAGUGAAGCCCACCAAUGUGACAAAGUUAAGCCCAGUACUGGUGAAGGCAGAAGGAAGAAUGGAUGCAUCAGCCAAGGCAGAAAGAACAUCUCUGUUGUACAUUGCCAAUUGGUCAUCAGCCGGAGUGUCAACGGUGGUGCUGGGGCUGCUGACGAUCCCAGUAAUUGUCCUCACGGCGCUCACCCUCAUCAUCCGUGCCCGCAGGACAGGUCAUCUCAAGAUGCGGAACAAGAGCAAUGGGUCGCUGGGGUCACUGCUACGGCACUCUGGGAAACAUGACACGGGCCUGAAUAUCGGCUCCCUCAUCAACAAGCACCAUGGCUUUGAGAAGGUGGCCACUGAGGACUUGGACGGCCCUGACUCUGGUGAUUCAGAUGUUGAGGAGUUUUCCCAAGUUGCAAGUAGAGCCUAAGAUGAUUGUGUGUGUCAGUGAUUCUUUCUUGUUUCAUUGUGUACAGCUAAAUGGUUUUAUGAAAGGAGAAAAGGGUUCAUGUGAUGACCAGACACCUUAGCUUCAUUUUGGAGUGUGUUAUAGUAAGUACAUUAGGUUAGGUUGAAUUAUCAUCAAGAUCUGUUUAACCCAAUUUAUCCUAACUGAGCAUGAUGUAUCCUAACUUCACUUAACACAUCCCAAAAACACUUAGGAUGGCUGGUCUAUAGGUAAUGAAAACAAAGGCCAAAAAUAAGAGCAUAGAUACACACAUAUAUAUAUAUAUAUAUAUAGAAGAAUGCAAAGUGCAUUUUAAGUUAUUGAUUGGUGCAUGAUAUAAAGACAUUACUCUUCUAAACUCCAGGUGGCUAUAUGAUGUGAUAUGGAAAGUCUUCUGUUUAUUUAUUCUAUCAGUCUCUGUCUGGUGCCUGUUCCUAAGAUAGCUGCAAUACAAUUAUUCCCUGCCUUGCUUCCAUCCCUGCAUGCAAUAAUCUUCUCAUUCUCCUUUUCACCUUCUAACAAACUCCAUGCAUAAUUUGUCUUUACUUUCCUUCCCUGCAUGUUUUAAUCCUCUCAUUCUUUUAUGUCCCUUCCUCUUACAUAACAUACUUCAUAUAUUUCUGUCUUACAUUUCCCCUUGCAUGUUGUAAUCCUCUCAUUUUCCUAUUUUUUCUUAUUUUUACAUGCUUCAUAAGCUCCUAUCCUUAAUUUUCUUCCUUGCAUAUUCUGACACUUUUAUCCUUCUAUUAAUUUUUUCCCAUACUCCAACACUCUUUUUCCCUUUUACUGAAGUUCAUUCUCACAUACCACCAUGUCUACCACACUUCUACACAGUCUUUUAGUCAUCUUGCUUCUUGCUGUCCUUCUUACAAGGUCAGACCACUUCAAGAUGAUGUGUGUGUAUGGGUGUGUGUGUGUAACCCUCUAAACACUCCAUCUUUCACCUUUAUUGGAUCUGCUAAACAACUUGUCAUUACUUAUUACUUCUUGCCCACCACCACAGAGAUUUAUCUAAUAGUUAUUUCAUCUGCUUGCAUGCUUGACUUUUCCCUUGUCCUUCAUUCCUCCCCCAGUCUUACUAUUCACUGACAGACAGUUUCUGAAGAGUGAUACUGAUCUUUUACUACAAAAACCUGCAUCAGGUUGUUCAUUUGCUGCUGAGGAAAAUAUUUCUUCAAGCUUUCACAAGAUAAUCAAGAAUCAUUAAUGAUAAUCCUGAGCUGAGUAAUUUUAUAUCCUUGGUAAACAAACUGCCCAAGUGAUUUCUAGAUUGUGUAUUUUAUUUGCUUAUAUCUGGUAAAUCUGCCUUUGUCAUGCCCAAGACUAAAUAGUUUGAGAUUUUUCUCAACUUUUCUAUCUUUUAUGUGAAAUUCAAGAAAAUUUCCCUUAGAAAAUUAAAUGAAAUGUAAGACUUGGGCAGUUAUUUAUGAAGGCAAUUUUUGUACAUUACAUCUUGCAUGUGAACUAAGCUGGAUUAUUAUUUAGUGAAAUGAUAUGUAUUACACUGACAGUGUUAUCAAUUUUUGACUUCUCUCAAUUUUGUAAGAUAUAUAUAAUCUGUGUGUGUGUGUGUGUGUGUGUGUGUUCGUGUGUUCGUGUGUGCAUGUGUGCGUGCGUGCGUGUGUCCGUGCAUGCAUGCGUGUGCAUCAUAUAUACAUGUUUUUACAGCAAGCCAAAUAGCAUUUCUCUGUACAUUAUUUACAGUAGUAGUACUAGCUGCAGACUUACAGUGAUGGGUGAUAUAUCAGAUACAGGACAUUAUAGUCACUUAUAUGUGAAGCAUAUAUGAGCGUACUGGGCUUGGUGGCGGCAGACAGUAGUAUUACACAUAUAUAUAUUGACAUGUAUAUAUAUGUUCUGCAGUGUUGGCUGUGGAAGCUGUGACCUGUGGGAUGGAACAAAGAAACUGCCAAGAGAUUUAGAUUUCUUUAAAAUACUUUAUUUUGUCUUUUCUUUUGGGUAAGUUUUUCAUAUGUUGUCUUUCUAUUUUCAUCUUAUUGCUCCCUUGAGUUAGAUUACCUUUUGAAGAUGGCUGGACUUUUGAUUCUUAGUCGCUGCCCUUCCCAACCUUUGCUCAUUACUUUAUAACAAGUCCUGACGUAAUAAUCUGGACAGGUAUUACAAGUCCUGAAUGCAUUCUCUGGCUGGCCAUGGCAGCAGGACCAUCUCCUUGCCUGCUACUCAGACUUUUAAUUGAUGUUUUAUAGAGUGGUAUUCAGGAAGAUGAGCCUUUACCUUGUGCAAAAAAUCAUGCAUUUCCAUGUGCAUAAAUUGAAUGUGUGACUCCUGAAGUGGCUGCAGCAGUCCACUCAUCAAAUAACUGUCCAUCCCUUACUUACAAACAGUGGCUGAUUGAACAGGAGUGUUUUAUCAGGAGGAAUAUCUCUUAAUAAAGACACCACUGCCAUACACAACUCUUGCCAGCACAGUCAGGGCCACAACAUACACCUUAACCCAGGAUGUCUACACUUCCAUGACCAGCACUGUGUGUAUAUUUAUGAUGUACAAACAGCUGUAUUAUUUCAUAGGUGUUGCUGUCACUUUAUAUAUGCAUUCAUUCCUCUUCACUAAAUAUAUAUAUAGACUAGGCAGUUUCAGGUAGGUACUGGAUGUGUAUAUAGGGUAACAUAUACUUGUCAUAAGGCCGGUGUUCAGUAGACACCUGAACAUAAUAACAGUACUACAGUUUUGAGUAUGAGGGAGGAUGUAAAGUGUGUGUGUGUGUGUGUGUGUGUGUGUGUGUGUGUGUGUGUGUGUGUGUGUGUGUGUGUGUGUAGAUUUACUGAAAAGUGUCCAGUCCUCCCUUGCAAUAUUCCAGAAACAACAAUUUCUAUUUUCAUUCCUAUUAAUAAUAUGUUUAGUUAAAAUAGUAUUGUGUGCUACAUGCUGUGUAAUUAAUAUUUUGUACUGUAUUUAUUUUUAUAUAAACCAAGUAUUAUUGUCAAAGGUUUUAAUUGAUAUUUAAUGAUCAUUAUGCUCACAGGUUGUGUCACUUUCAAUAAAUAAAAUACAAUGGUAUUUAGCCAAACCAUUUUUCCGUUAUCAUCUACAAAAAAUGUACAUGCCAGAAUUUGUUGUAAUUAUUUUUAUAAGAUAUAUUUUUGUAGAGCAUAAUUCCCUUCAAUUUUUAUAAUGGAGUACUGAUAUUUUGGAACACUGAGGAAGGUGAUUCAUGAAAAUAGGUAACUUGGUGAAACAGGUUUGUGUAGAGGAGGGGUCCUGGGAACACAGCAGGAGGCUGACUGAUAGACACACACCCAGUCAGACAUGUGCCCAAUCAUCACUGUAACCUGUGUUGCCUGCCACAAGUUUGCCAUUCAUGGACAUAUGAAAAGUUUUUUUUUUUUUCUUCAUAUGGUAACACUACUACUCUGGUUACAGUGAAGAGUGGAAGGCAGAUAGUACUUUAUAUGUCACUGUAUGUAGUGCUAGUGUUUAUGGUACUUGAAUAAGCAACAUACAUAUUCCUGUGUUCCUUUGCUAUGCUACUAAGUUAACUGAUCAGUGACUUAUCCCUUUGAAGAAUUGAGUGCACUGCAUAAUACAAGACUGAUGUACUAAUCUUUGAACAGCCUUCACCUUAUCCUUAUUUCAUCAUCUUUGCUCCUUACAAUUUCUUGUUGUGAUUCUCUCCUGUUUGUUUCAUUACUUUGUUCUCUCCUCACUUUUCACUUCACUUUUCAUUCCUAACUAUUUUAUCAGUUUUCUUGCAUAGUGGCAUGAAAACCUUCUCAUGCCACCAUAGUUACCUGAAUACUUUUGUUAAUUAAGAGUCAACUCCUUAGAAAUAAUGGUGUCAAGUUUAAUUUACCAUUGUAAUGAUUUGUGUUGUGGUUUUAUUAUGUCCAUAUAAUUAUUUAUUUAUCUGUAUAUAUUCAUUAUCUUUUUGUUUAUUAUAUUUUUAUUAGAAGAUAGAUUAGUGUUGUAAUAUAUAAAUUUUAUUUAUUUGAAAUCCUAUCAGAUUUAAUAAAGAGAGUUAAGAUAUUUAUUGAGGUAAAUAUAUAAAGUUUGAUUUAAGGAGAGACUGUAACAUUGAGUUUUAUAUAUGUUAAUUUUAAAAAAAAAAUUUUUUUAUUCCAAAUAGCACUUUGACAAUCUUCACUUUGUCUACACAUCCUCAUCACACCUAGGCAAGCAUGAGCUCACUCACCCAUACACAAUGUAGAAUGUAAUAGAGUGUUCCUUGGAUCACGCUUAGCAAAUGCUUCUUUUCGCUCUUAUUGCCACAAGAUGAUGUAAAUUUGUUUUUUUGUAUUGCUACUGGAUAUUGGGUUAGUUUUUGUAUUACUCCACACAUAGUUAGUGGUCAUUCACACCUUGAUGUUUUUAAGAAUAUAAUGCACAAAUUUGCUAGAUAUCUUUUACAAAGAGUAUUAGGUUUGUGUAAAUGUUCUCUUGCAUUCUAAAAUUUUUUAAUUGUCCUGUCCACAGCAAAGUUUGUUAUUUUCUAGCACAUGCAUUCUGUUAGUACUUUAUGUUCUGGCAGUCACUACUAUUUUUGAUUACUUGAAUGUUCCACAAUUGUCCAGUUGUUCUGUCUUCAGCAAUGUACCUACUUUUUCUUUUUACAUUCUUUACAACACAUUUAUAAGCUGACAAAUAUAGACUAUUUUAUAUACA